AGCUCGCAGCUCAGAAUUAAACACGUAUAUUUUUUUCUAAAAUUACAAAAAAAAAUAAUAAUUCGCAUUAAAUCUUGGCUUAGACAAAAGAAAAAAUUUUUAAAUGUUCAGAACGUGCAUAUUUAUUACGGUUUUUUAUUGUUGCUUGGCAACAUUGAGUGCGGCACAGCCAAGCUAUACGAGCAAAACGCCGAAGUCGUGUCCACCUCACGAGACUUACACCGCCUGCGGUGCAUCUUGCCAAACUGAAUGUGCCACACUGAAUCAACCCUGUUAUAUACGUCACAUUCGUUGUCCGGAUGGUUGUUAUUGUGAUGAGGGCUAUGCACGUGAUGCUAACGGUGUUUGUAUACCACAAAGCGAAUGUUCGUCAAAGCAAUAAAUAAAACUAUGUAUUUUAAAUAAACGAAAAAUUGUUUAAAAUAAAUAUUU